AUGCCUCGACGCCGACCCUCAAAAGCGAACGCAGGAAACAAAAAACCGCGCUCAGUCAAGCGAUCUGAGAGCAAGAUAAACAAAUGGAAUACCACAGACGAUAUUCCCCUCGAUGAGGAAGACCAGUACGGGGGAGAUACCGGCGGAUACGAUGGCAGUGACGACGACGAGGUGUUUGCCUUGAAGGGGAUGCCUGACGACUCUGAUGAGGACGAGGAUGAGUUCGGGCUUCAAGAAGAGGAUGAGGUGGUGGUGGAGGAUUCUGCAGUUCCAUUAAAAAAGGAGAAGAAGAAAAACACUAAGAAGAAGAAAGGGAAAGCAGGUAUCGUUUCUUCAUCGUCCGAAGAGGAACAGGAAUCCGAGGAAGAAACAUGGGGACGCGGAAAGGCAGCAUACUAUUCGUCAAACGCGGACCAACUCGAAUCAGACGACGAAGAAGGAAAUGAGCUUGAAGAGCAGGAAGCCAGGCGACUUCAAGCUAAGAUGCGUGAAGGCAUGGAGGAUGCGGACUUUGGGCUAAACGAUGCGGUUGAAGUGGAAGGCAAACCUGACUUUGAGAAAGUUUUCUCUUGGGCUCUAUUAACUGACUUUGUAGAAACUGCUCCUAUAGUCAUUUCAGCUUUACCAACAGACAAGAAAUUGCUUCUUCGCCACCUCGAAAAAACAAGCCCCGAAGCCUUGGCUCUAGCACGGGAUUGGGACGAAACAGCCCAGCUAGUUCACGCAACUAGGGAAAAAAUUGAACAAAUUGAAUCAAAGGACCCAGAUGCACUGCAUCUCGGAAUGCUUCAUUUACACUACCGUAAGCUGCAGCGUCUCUCGUGCUCCCUUUUAAUUCAAGGAGGAUUUCUAGAGGCGUUGUUAUCAUAUGCUACCACCCUGGCCUUCUAUCUCCGUCUUCGUUCAAGCGACAAAUAUAUCCAGCGUCCCACAUUACUUCAAUCACACCCCGUUCUACAGCGCCUGCUUACACUAAAACAAUCCCUCAUUACCCUUGAGGAUCUCGACUUUGCAGCUUCUGAUGACGAGGACUCCGAAAAUUCUGACGAGGAGGACAUAGAAAUGAAGUGGGAUGAUAUCCUACAGGAUGCUGAACAAGUCUGGGGAUUGGACCGUGCACCAGGUUUGGAGCCUGACGAACUCGAGGAACUGUUGAAGGACGCAGAGGUGCUGGAAAUCACUACAUCACGCAAAAGACAAACUGCACCACCCAAGAAAAAGAGGAAGGUUUCGAAAGAGGGGUUCGAGCCGAUCAUGCCUGUCUUCGAUCUUGUCGAACCCGAUUUUGCUCCAUCGAAGAAAAUAUCUAGUCGUUCUCAAGGACACACUGACGACUCGUAUGGUGAUGCUGAUACCCUCCAACACGCAGACGCUGCCGACAAGACCGCGCACCGCAAGACCCUCCGUUUCCACACCUCCAAAAUUGAGAGUGCAAGCGCUCGUCGCCAAGGAGCGAGAAACCAAGCCGUGGGUGGCGAUGACGACUUGCCGUAUCGCGAAAGAAAGAAGGAGAAGGACGCUAGGUUGGCGAAGGAGGCGAAGAACAAGGUUCAACAUCAAGGGGGAGCGGAUUUGGAUGAUGAAGAACCUCAACGCCAUCAAAAGAGAAGAAGAGAAGACGAUGAUGAAGACGAUGCGGUUGAUAGCCCAGAUGAAUAUUAUGAGCUCGUCAAGAAGAAAACCAAGGAGAAAAAGGAGCAAAAGAAAGCAGAGUACGAAGCUUUGCAAGCCGCAUCAAAACCCGACAUAUCUACGGAAGAUGUUUCUGGUCCUCGCUCACUCACCAGGGCUAUUAUGGCGAACAAGGGACUCACACCGCACCGGCCUAAGAGUGUGCGGAAUCCCAGAGUCAAGAAACGACAAAAGUUCGAGAAGGCGAAGAGGAAAAUCUCGUCUCAGAAAGCUGUUUACAGCGGUGGUAUCUCCGACAGGGGACGAUACGGUGGCGAAAAGACUGGUAUAUCCAAGGUCGUCAAGAGUAUUCGUUUGGGAUGA